UAUUUAGCUCAUGUCUUUGGCCACAGUGACUCUUUAUUUCUGUGAUUGCUGCUUCGACGUCUCCCGCGCUCACGUUUAUUAGGUAUAUCUCACGCCGAGCGUAGCUUCCCCCCCCCAGCCCCCCUCUCUCCUGUCAAUCAUAUCUCACUGGAUUUCUACAUGAGUGCAUGACUCGCGGGGCAGGGCGGAUCUGCUCAAGAGGUGGACGGAUGCCGGUUGAUAUGGAAAGGUCAACCAUCAACUCAUCGUUCCGAUUCCAGUGAUCAGCUAUAGCUUGUGCUGUAGAAUUGUGCAGCAGAAGCAUCGAAGAUGAUGUGCGAAGUGAUGCCCACCAUUACAGAGGGGGACUCGGGUGGUCCUCCGAGGACCGCCGGCGGGGUACAAAAUGGGUCGGAGCAGGAGGCCAACUUCGAGCAGUUGAUGGUCAACAUGUUGGACGAGAGGGACAAGCUGCUGGAGUCCCUCCGGGAGACCCAGGAGACGCUCAUACACUCGCAGACCAAGCUGCAAGGCGCGCUGCACGAGAGGGACGUACUUCAGAGGCAAAUUAAUGCCGCGCUACCUCAGGAGUUUGCCACCCUGACCAAGGAGCUGAAUGUGUGCCGGGAGCAGCUUCUGGAGAAGGAGGAGGAGAUAUCUGAGCUGAAGGCCGAGAGGAACAACACCAGACUGCUGCUGGAGCAUCUGGAGUGUCUGGUGUCGCGACACGAGCGCAGUCUGAGGAUGACGGUGGUGAAGAGGCAGGCCCCCCCCCCGUCUGGGGUCUCCAGCGAGGUGGAGGUCCUCAAAGCCCUCAAGUCCCUCUUUGAGCAUCACAAGGCCCUGGAUGAGAAGGUCCGGGAGCGGCUCCGAGUGGCGCUUGAGAGGGUAGCCACACUGGAGGGUCAGUUAGCCACCACCACCACAGAGGUAAGAGCCUGCCAGCAAGGCCAGAGACUUCCCAACGGCUCCAUCGACGCCCAUGACGACGGUAACCGGGCGGCGGAGCUCCAGGAGCUGCUGGAUCGGACCAAUCAGGACCUGGCCCAGAGCCGCGAGCGCUCCACCACCAUGAACGGGCGCCUGGCCGAGCUGGAGGUGGAGCUGGCCAACACCCGGCGGGAGCUGAGCCGCAGCGAGGAGCAGUCCCUCAAACAGCAGCGGGAGCAGAGAGAGGCGUUGGCACAGAGAGAGGACAUGGAGGAGAGGAUCACCACGUUAGAGAAGCGCUACCUGGCAGCCCAGCGCGAGACCACACACAUCCACGACCUCAACGACAAGCUGGAGAACGAGCUGGCCACCAAGGACUCACUGCACCGACAGAGCGAGGAGAAGGUGCGGCAGCUCCAGGAGAUGCUGGAGCUGGCGGAGCAGCGGCUGGCCCAGACCCUGAGGAAGGCGGAGACGCUGCCCGAGGUGGAGGCUGAGCUGGCCCAGAGAGUGGCGGCGCUCUCCAAGGCUGAGGAGCGCCAUGGCAACGUUGAAGAGCGCCUCCGACAGCUGGAAUCGCAACUGGAGGAGAAAAACCAAGAACUCGGAAGGGCUCGUCAGCGGGAGAAGAUGAACGAAGAGCACAACAAACGUCUGUCGGACACGGUGGACCGCCUGCUGACCGAGUCCAACGAGAGGCUGCAGCUGCACCUGAAGGAGCGCAUGGCCGCCCUGGAGGACAAGAAUUCUCUGAUCCAGGACCUGGAGAACUGCCAGAAACAACUGGAGGAGUUCCACCACACUCGGGAGCGUCUGAUAGGGGAGAUCGAGAAGCUGAGGAACGAGAUCGACCAUCUGAAGCGGCGCAGUGGGGCGUUUGCAGAUGGGAGUCACCCACGCUCUCACCUGGGCAGCGCCAGUGAUCUCCGCUACUCCAUGGUGGAGAGCCAGGACGGCCACUACAGCACCACCGUCAUCAGACGAGCACAAAAGGGCCGGCUGGCUGCACUGCGAGACGAGCCCAACAAGGACUUCCCCUCGCUGCGCGGGAGCGUCACUCACCUCAUCGGCAGCGACAUCGAGGCCGAAUCAGAUCUGGAUGACGACGUUAGCUCCGCCCUCCUCUCCCCGAGUGGCCAAUCCGACGCACAGACCCUCGCGCUCAUGCUUCAAGAGCAGCUUGACGCCAUCAAUGAGGAGAUCAGGAUGAUCCAGGUGGAGAGGGACUCUGCAGAGCUGCGCUCGGACGAGAUCGAGUCCCGCGUCAACAGUGGCAGCAUGGACGGUCUCAACGUGACGCUCCGCCCCCGAGCCCUGCCCACCUCGGCCACCGCCCAAUCGCUGGCCUCGUCCACCUCCCCGCCCACCAGUGGGCGCUCUACACCAAAACAUCACGCACGCAACGCCAGCCACCAGCUGGGCAUCAUGACUCUGCCCAGCGACCUGAGGAAGCACCGCAGGAAAGUGGUGCGCGAGGACAAGGCCACCAUCAAGUGUGAGACGUCCCCCCCCUCGUCCCCCCGUAGCCUGCGGCUGGAGACCAACUUCGCCCAGCUCACCGGCAGCCUGGAGGACGGCCGAGGGUACGUGAAGCCUCCGCUCCUUCCUGACACAAUCACCCGUUGGUCACCGCAGAACACACGCACAAACACACGUCAGAAGAAAGGCAUCAAGUCGUCCAUCGGCCGGCUGUUUGGGAAGAAGGAGAAGGGACGCAUGGAGCAGGCGGUCGGGAGGGAGGGUCAUGUGUGCGUUCCAGACUUUGAGAUGAGCAUCGGAGACACCAUGACUUUGGGGAAGUUGGGCACCCAGGCAGAAAGGGACCGCAGGAUGAAGAAGAAACAUGAGCUGCUGGAAGAUGCCAGGAGGAGGGGUCUGCCGUUCGCCCAAUGGGACGGCCCAACCGUUGUCUCCUGGCUAGAGCUGUGGGUGGGCAUGCCGGCCUGGUACGUGGCGGCGUGCCGGGCCAACGUGAAGAGCGGCGCCAUCAUGUCGGCGCUGUCGGACACGGAGAUCCAAAGGGAGAUCGGCAUCAGCAACCCGCUGCACCGCCUCAAGCUGCGCCUCGCCAUCCAGGAGAUGGUGUCCCUCACCAGCCCCUCGGCCCCGCUCACCUCCAGAACGUCCUCCGGAAAUGUGUGGCUGACUCACGAAGAGAUGGAGAACCUGGCCUCCUCCACUAAAGCGGAGAGUGAGGAGGGCAGCUGGGCACAGACGCUGGCGUACGGCGACAUGAACCACGAGUGGAUCGGCAACGAGUGGCUGCCCAGCCUGGGUCUGCCCCAGUACCGCUCCUACUUCAUGGAGUGCCUGGUGGACGCCCGCAUGCUGGACCACCUCACCAAGAAGGACCUGCGGAGCCACCUGAAGAUGGUGGACAGCUUCCACAGGGCCAGCCUGCAGUAUGGGAUUAUGUGCUUGAAGAGACUCAAUUACGACAGGAAAGACCUGGAGCGCCGAAGAGAGGAUAGCCAACAUGACAUGAAAGACAUGCUGGUGUGGACCAACGAGCAGGUGAUCCACUGGGUGCAGUCCAUCGGCCUGAGGGAGUACAGCGGUAACCUGCUGGAGAGCGGGGUCCACGGGGCGCUGGUCUCCCUGGACGAGACCUUUGACUACAGCAGCCUGGCGCUCAUCCUGCAGAUCCCCAUGCAGAACACACAGGCGCGGCAGGUUCUGGAGCGGGAGUUCAACAACGUGCUGGCCCUGGGCACCGACCGCCGGCUAGAAGAGUGUGGGGACGACAAGACGUUCCGCCGCUCCCCGUCGUGGCGCAAGCGCUUCCGUGCACGGGAGGGGGGCGGGGGCAUGGGGAUGAUGGCGGGCUCCAUGGAAACGCUUCCCGCCGGCUUCCGCAUGCCCUCCAUGUCCACUCUCGCCCUCCCUCCCUUUCUCCCCCUUUCUCUCUCUCCCCCAGUGCAUUCUCAUUACUUGUAUGGACACACGCUUGCGGCCUUUCGAGAGUGA